AUGUUUCUUAAUUUAUUAUAAUUAUUUAGAGGUGAUAAGUAAAUCGACCAUCCAAUUCUUGGUUAGUUGUCAUGCAAAACCUUAUAAGAAGCAUACAAAAACUGCAUGAGUUUCAUUGAUAAUGAAUAGUAUCAAUAAAAAUAAUGUCGCCCAUAUUAUAAUUUAUGUAUAUUGCCAUAUGAUUAUUUAGCUGUGUCGUGUUUCUAAGUUAAGGAUGAUGUAGAAUUUUAGCAAUUCAUAGAUGAUAAAAUAGACGAGAGAAGAAGACUCAUCAAAUUCUUAAGAGAAAAUAAAUCCUAAUUGCCAGAAUUGCAAAAGUCAAACUAAUAACAAUUUUUUAAUUUAUUUCAAUUUAUAGAUAAUGAAGAUGGACAAGAAGAGCAAGCCAAAAACUUUUAUUAAAAAUAAUAGCAAGAUAACAAAAAAUAUCUAUGA